AUGAUGAACAAUAACAUAAAUUUAAAUAGAAUAGAAUUAUACGAUUCGCACGUGCGUGUCCAGAAAUUAAACCAGGGUUUAGAAGAUAAAUUAUUAAGGCUGGUCGACCGAGGUGCAGGCGAAAGGGCCCAAUUGACCAGCGACGUGGCCACUUUGUCGGUCAGGCUGGCCCAGGCCAACUAUACAGUCACCAAUUUACAAAGAGAAGUAGAACGAUACAAAAGCGACAUGAGUCUUGCAAUUCAACUUAUACAAUGCAAACCUGAUAACUUUGUUCCACAAAAAUUAAAUUCUUUGCCAUUAGACGUCCAAUCCAAAGUGGCUGCCUACAUGCGCCUCGACGCCGAAUCGGCGACUCCGCCCGGCAGCUCGGCUUCUUCGCCCCGAAGGCCUCGCAGCGACUACCGCAUGCUGCCCGGAGGCACCCCGCCGAGGGACAACAGCCCUUCGCCGGCCAGCGGAACGGGGCCUAAUACCUGCCCCUUCCCGCCGACCGCCAUGGUCUACGGGAUGAGGGGAUACGACACAGACGGCGAUUCCUACACAAACGAAGACAUCAGCGUCUCGGCCGCAGUGGUGGCCAAAGUGCUCGAAGACGGCAUCAGAGACACGAAGCACCACUGCGAAACCUGCCGUUGUGCCACAAAAGACUUGAAUUUACUCAUCGAACCCUUAUCACAAUUUUCGAUAUCGACCCAAACCUACGCCCCAUUUCCCGAACAAAACAUCUGCGUCCGAUGUUGCAGCCACGUCAUCUCCAAAACCGACAUCCAGAACAUCAAAAACGCCACCAACGAUAUAAGCAAAAUGCUGAAAUCAAAUGUCAGUAAACUCCACGAGGAUUUGAUAAGUUUCGAUAAUCCUGUUGGGUUGGUUGGCCAUCAUCGACUCUGUGAUAAAUUGAAUAAGGAUGAUUAUAAAAUUGAUAUCCUGGAUAGGAGAGACAGGAAUGGUGGUGCUGAUUUGUUGGAUGUUGAUGGUGGUGCCAAGAGUAAUGGUGGUGAUCGUAAAAAAAGUUUUGGAGGUUCCACUGGCAAGACGAGCCAGUGCUCGUCGAAGAUAUUCGAGAAUUUUAAUAGGAAUCUUAUACAGUCGAUUAAGUCUGAAAACCCGAAAGCCGGUCCAAGACUAUGCUCUCUCCGAAUCCAAGACGGAAGUCCCAACGUAAUUUUGAACAAAUCCGAAAACAACAUGGCACCAGUCUUAUACACCAGAAGAAAACUAGAUUUGGAAAACGAAGUCAUAUCUUCCAGUAAACAUCAAAAUCCCUCAAACACCAAACUCACCCUCCGAGAUUUGAUGGAAAUCAACCGAAAACUGUUGGCAGUUGGCCAAAAUCAGGAGCAGGAGGAUAAGGUGAGGUUGUUCAGGAACAAAUUGGAUGAUGAUAAAUUAGGUGACCAGCAAGAAGGUGUUAGACAAGAUCCUUGCGGUGAGAGUAGUGCUGGUAAAACUGAUAAGAGAACGUUGGGUGAUUAUAAUGGUGAAGGUUAUAGUGACAGGUGUUUGGUGUACCAGGAUAGCAAUUAUAACAAGUCUGACCAGGACACUGGUAAAACUUUUGGUCACUACGAUCCAAACAAGUAUGAUGAUAAUUUAGGGCAAAACAACUGGACCAUCAGUGGCCCAGCUAUUUACAACACCACAAACAGGGAUUCCGGAAUCAACUUAUCAGACGACGUCGACACCAACAAUGCUGAAGAAUCCAUCAACCAUCCUGAAAACUUCAACAACAACCAACUAGACAAACUAAACUCCAGCACAGGUGACAACACAAGCCAAUCCCUAGAAUCCAGUUCCAUGUCAAGUGCAGAAAUUCGAGAAAGUGCCCAACUUUUACGCCAACAACUCCACAGAGUCGCAGAAUGGGUCAACGCCAAUGCCAAUAUGGAUAAUGCAAAUUGCACAGACAGUGAUAGUGGUUCCCAUAAAAAUAGAUCUAAAGCCAGUUAUAAAUCCCACAGAAUGUCCCUGGAUAGUGUGGAUUUGUACAGGAACCUGGACUAUAACCAGAGAAUUAGGUUGCAUCAAGCCAACGACGAUAAAGAUGGUACCAGAAACAAGGUGCCGGAGCAAGAAAACGUUUGCAAUGGUAAUAUUAGUGAGGAGAAAGAAAUGACUGAUUUAGAGCAGAUGGAGUAUAAUGUGAAGCAGUUUUUGUUGAGGCAGAAUGAGUGGUCGGUUUGUAAUAGUCAUAUGUAA